UUAACAGUGCUCAGUAUGCAACAGCCACACGGAAGCCCACCAAAUGAACUGAGGUCUCUAUUGGAGUCGGGGUUGGGUGCUGACGUCUCGAUGGUGGCUGCAGAUGGCCAAUUGCCGGCCCACAGCUCGGUGCUGGUGGCUCAGAGCUCCGUGUUCGAAGCGUUACUCCGCCGGGGGAAGCAGUUAAUCUUAAUCCCCGACAUGCCUGUGGAUGUGGUGCAGCAGUUGCUGACCUUCUUGUACACGGACGAGGUACCGCAGCUGCAGAGUGUAGCACCCCAACUGCUGGUGCUCGCAGACAGAUAUGAGCUGCACGUGCUGAAGGAGAUGUGCGAGCAGCAUUUGGUCAAGGAUUUACAUGUGGAGAACACUGUGCCGUACUGCGUGCUUGCCCUGCGGCACUCAUGCCCACACCUCCGUAAGGCGGCCAUUGAAUACUUUGCAAGGCACGCUCUGCCAGUGCUGGGCUCUCAGGGGUGGGUCCAGGAGCUGAGGAAAGAUCCGAGGCCGCUGGUGGAGAUAUCCCGCCUAGUGGCCUCCCACGCGAUUACGGAAGCCAGUGUGGAAGAAUUGGGGAAACUGCUGGCCAGCGGGAUUCGGAUGGAUGAAGAAAAGAUCUCUACUUGAUGGGGAAAAUGUGAUUUUUAAAAAGAUGUCAUCAGAAGCAGACGUGUAAUGUGUUUCGUUAUGGUUUCUGUGAAAGUUCCUAAACAGUUAUUUCUGCCACACUGGGUGAAUAAGACUCGUGACACUAUAUAGAAGUGCUGUGAUAAUCUCUUCCACUCACAUAGCUUUUGUUACACGUGUAACUUUUUGAGUUCAUUGGUUACUCCAAUAUAACGGCAGAUGGUUGGUCACAGUUCAGGUGACAUGAAAAUAAAGUUUUAAUAGAUGCUAUUGAUUUUUACUAAAAGCCGAACCGUGACUACACAAGACUGGAAUUUCUCUUCACAGGCAAGUUGUGCCAAAAUAUAUUACAAUGACUGAGGAACUUGAUUCAAACAGUUUUUGUAUAAUGCAUUGUUACAUAAUAAAUGUAUGAAUUUUCAAGGAAUUAUUACUAAUGUAA